AUGGCUUCACGCCGCGACGAAAUUAUAGCCUUGACCGAGAGGAUCGAGGCCCUUAUAGACGACUCUCAGACCGUUAUCGGACUUAACAACGAUCCGCUACGUCGGAGGCUCCGUGAAGCUGGAAGGAGGUUGAGCGCUGCCCUUGAAACCCCGGGAGAUACAGCUCACCGAGUCAUUUACUCGCCUCUGCAUCUGGCCACCGCAAAGAUUGGAGUCGACAAAGGCAUUUUCAAGCUCCUGGCAGAAGCGGACGAUGCUACUCCUACGGCUGAAGAGCUAGCCUAA